AUGGAGAGAGACCUAAUGGGAACAACAACUUUUCUUUCUAGGCCUGGAAAUGACUUUGUGGUCCUUGGACAGUAUGACCGUGGUUCCAAUAAUGAAGAUAUUCAAGUCAAGAAAAUUUCCAAGGUCAUCACCCAUCCUGACUACAAAAAACAGACCAAGUACAACAAUGAUGUUGCACUCCUGAAAUUGUCCAGUCCAGCACAGAUGACGUCCCGUAUCUCUCCUAUAUGUCUGCCGAGCUCCUUAACCAGCAUCCGCCCUGGGACUCUUUGUGUCACCACUGGCUGGGGCGCAACUGAAACUGUCUCAAAUCCUCGAAUUCUGCAGGAGGCCACUGUACCAAUAGUGAGUCAAGCUCAGUGUAGGCAGUUUUGGCAUAGGAACAGUAUAACAGAUGCCAUGAUCUGUGCUGGAGCCUUUGGAGCCUCAUCUUGUCAGGGUGAUUCUGGUGGUCCUCUGAUGUGUGUGAGUUCAGGUGUUUGGUACCAAGUGGGUAUCGUUUCCUGGGGCCACGAAUUCUGCAGCACUGACCGUCCAGUAGUCUACACCCGUGUCUCUUACUUUCGCCAAUGGAUCAAUGAAAUCAUUAGCUUCAGCUAGAGCACCAGCUUAAGUCUCAUGCCUCACAGUUUUGUUUUUUUUGUGUCUGAAUAUUUAUUCAUUAGUCCAGUGAUAAAACUGUGUCUUCAUAACACUGUUACUGCUAUGAAAAUAACUCAUGACAUAAUGCCAACAGAAUUAUUAAAAGCACUUUAUAACUUAUUUAUCCACAAUCUUUAAUUUUAAUUACCUAUUGAUUGUGCUGAACUUAUGUAUGCAUACAUACUUAUGGCUGAAUAAAUACUA